AUGUGAUAGUUUAUGCCUAUGUAUAGGUGCAGAUAUAUAAAAUAUAUAAUGUUAAUAAAUAAGGAAUAAUAUGUCUAUGUAUAAAUAAUUAUAUAAAAUUAUAAUUACAGUUAAUAAUGGUUACUUUUAAAUUAAACGGAAAGCCAACAUUCGAACGAUGACAAACAGGUAUGACUCAUAGUUUUUAUAAAACACCCUGCGCCGACCAAUGUUGGUCAUUCUUGUUUGAGACGUCGUUCGGUGCGGAGCUCUCUCUCGAGUUUAAUUCUGUGUUGAAGUGUGAUAUUUUGUGCUAAAAGAUAAGUAUAAUUAUUAUGAUGUUAUUUUAUUUGCUAAAUAAAUGGUAUUAUAUUUAUAAGUGUUAAUAAGUGUUAAUUAAUGUAUUUUGUUCUACUACCUUACUAUGAAUAAAUUAAUAUGCAAAAAUUAUUAUAUGGUGAUAUUAUUUUACAAAUAUUCCCCGGUAAGGUGGAUGUUUUUAACUCCGUCUUAAUAUUCAAUCCUACAAAAAUAUUAUAACUUCUGGGUUAGUUGUUAUUUUUAUAAGCUUUUUAUUAUGUUUGCUAUCAUCAGAAGUGGGAUUCGAUGAUCCUAGCUUGUUGACUAAUUGUUUUCUUUUUUUUUCUUUUACAUUUCCAGAUGGAUUUACCAGUCUUAAAAGAACUUCUAACGGCCAUCAAAGACGCGGUUUCCGGUUCCCGCCUGAACGACAGCGAGGUCGCCUUGCCAAUAUUUGAUCCAGCUAAAAGUGACCUCGGUGCUGAAUCAUGGUGCAACAAUAUUGAAACCCUCGCCAAGGAAUUCGGAUGGAGUAACGUCGCAACCGUCGCCAAAGCUGGUAAGGCCCUUAAGGGAUCUGCUUUACUUUGGUUCGAAACGUGGGACCCAGCUGAGGGUCGUUCCUGGGACAAUUUACGUUUAGAGCUAGUAGCUUUAUAUCCCGAGAAAAAGAAUCUGGCAGAAAAGCUCCAGAAGGCAGUACUAUAUACGUCGGAAACUGCUGACUCGUAUUGCGAAUACGCUAGGGAAAAAAUUAGAUUAUUAAAAAAUACUAAAAUAGUUUUUACAGAGUUACAAUUGAUUGAAUUAGUUUGUGGUAGUAUAUGUGAUGUAAAUGUAAAAAUGGCUUCGUUUAACAGCAAUGUCAAAACUACCUCGGAAUUAAUUGCCUUAUUUACUUCUUAUGCGAAAACAAAGAAAAGGUCAAUAGACAGUAAGGACCCUUCUAAUUUGCAUCCGCCUAAGCGUUUUAAGACCGAUUUUAAACCCAAUGAGAUAAAAUGUUUUAAUUGUGGGAAAACCGGUCACACCAAACAACAAUGUUAUAGUAGAAAAAGUACCCAAAAUAAUGACCCUAAUUCGGAACAAGGAUCAAAUAAUGAAAAUAGAAAAUUUUGCACUUACUGCAAAAAACCCGGACAUUUAGAUUCCUACUGUAGAUAUAAACCCAAAACGGACCCUUCUAAAACUGAUAACCAAAUUAAUUUUUUAGACAAAGCGAAUUAGUUUUAACACCAGUACACAUAAAUGAUGUCUUAAUUAAUUCGCUUAUUGAUACCGGAUCUAGCUGUAGUAUAAUUAAACAAUCUAUAGCAGAACGCCUUGGCGUCCACUUUCACCCAUGUUACAUAUCUCUUUGUGGAAUAGGUAAAGGUACCUUAAAAGUGUUUGCUAAAAUUACAGCUCCUGUUAAAGUAAAUGAAUUGUGUAUCGAACUAGACAUUUUUGUAAUUGCAGAUGCUAAUUUUGAAUACGACCUGUUGAUCGGCAGAAACGCUAUUCAACAUCCCGAUAUUAUAUUAGUGACAGACUAUUUAGGUUCUCGAUUAGUGCGAAAAAGUGUUACGAAAUCUAGUUUUAACGUUAAUUUGAUACAAAAGGAUGACCAACAUUUUGUUAUGGAACUCGCAAGUGCGAUAAGCCAUUUAGAUCAAAAACUGCAGGAUGAGAUAAAAGCUAUUUUUGAAAAAUACCCCUCUAUUUUGGACGAUAUUGGUCAUGUAAAGACUGGCGAACUUGAAAUAAAAUUAAAAAAAGAUGAGGUAGUCUAUUACAGGCCAUAUCGAUUAGCUCCGAUAGAAAGAGAGAAGGUUAAAGAAAUAAUAGAAGAUUUACUGACUAAAAAAAUAAUCAAAGAAAGUAAUUCAUCUUUUGCUAGUCCCAUGAUUUUAGUUAAAAAGAAAGAUGGAAGCGAUAGAAUGUGCAUUGAUUAUAGAGCGUUAAAUAAAUUAAUAGAAAAAGAUCGAUAUCCUCUCCCACUCAUCGAUGAUCAAAUAGAUAAGUUAGGGAAUUC